AUGGAGUGUGGAAACAGAUCAGGACUGUAUCACUUCAUCAUCGUUGGGUUCCCUUAUCCCCAUGAGCUACGUGUUCCGUUGCUCAUCUUCUUUUUGCUUGUCUACCUGCUGACCUUCCUCGGGAACUUCCUGAUCCUCUUGGCUGUGAUGUUUGAGCCCCAACUGCACAAGCCCAUGUAUUUGUUCCUUUGCCACUUGUCCCUCUUGGACAUGAGUGUCUCCUUAGUGAUUGUCCCCAAGGUGGCUGCUGGAUUUGUAGAAGGUGGAGGGGUCAUCUCCUUUGGUGGCUGCGUGGCCCAGCUCUUCUUCUUCCACUUCCUGGGAUGCACAGAAUGCUUCCUCUACACGGUGAUGGCCUACGACCGCUUCCUGGCCAUCUGCAAGCCCCUCCACUAUGGCACCAUCAUGAACCUCAAAGCCUGCCUUUGCCUCUCCUUUGGCACUUGGUUUGGGGGCUCCUUGCACUCCAUGAUUCAGACCACCCUGACUUUUCAGUUGCCCUACGGCCAUGGGAACCAAGUGCACUACAUCUUCUGCGACAUCCCGGCCGUACUGAAACUGGCCUGUGCUGACACAGGGUUCAAUGAGAUGGUGACCUUCGUAGACAUUGGCUUCUUGGCUAUGACCUGCUUCCUCCUCAUUGUCACCUCCUAUGUGUAUAUCAUCUCCGCUAUCUUGAGGAUCCGUAGUGCGGAGGGGCGCCGGCGGGCAUUUGCCACAUGUGCCGCCCACAUGACUGUGGUGGUGACUUACUAUGUCCCCCUGGUGUUCAUCUACCUCAGGCCAUGGUCCCAGGACCCACUGGAUGGAGUGGUGGCAGUGUUCUACACCACCGUGACCCCACUCCUGAACCCUGUCAUAUAUACCCUGAGGAACAAGGAGAUGAAAUGUACUUUGAAAAAGCUGUGGGGCAGGAAGCCUUCCUUGCCAGUUGAAUGA